AUGAUUGGCCAAACACCCUACAUCAUUGCAAAGGACUUGGCAGAGGUAGAUGAGAUCCUCAAUCGCCGCAGCCUCAACCGACGAGAUGGUUAUUGUGUUCAGUGCGACGACACGUCCAAACUCAAGUGCCCAUCCUGCGCCGAGGGCCAAAGUUGUCAGUUUACCGUACCCGUCAACUGCUCACAAUGCCCAAAGUCAAUCUGUGUAGGAGACGAGUCUCCGGGCAACGGAGCCGGCAAGGGCACAGGCGAUAGUAGCAAGGACAGCAGUGGCCCCAGCGCAGCGCCGAUUGCAGGAGGCGUCGUCGGUGGCAUCGCCGCCAUAGCCAUUAUCACGUUCCUCAUUUGGAGAUUUGUCAUCAAACCGAAGCGAGCUUCGAACCCUCAUCAUUCCGUCUACGAGACUCGAGCCAACCCUGCCCGUCACAUCGAAAAGGACGAUGCCUCGAGAAUGACACGUCGCUCGUCAACCCACACGGUUCAUUCCAUUGCUUCCACGGUUCUGACCCGAGCAUCCAAUAUUAUCCAGAUUGCGUAUAUCCCUGGUGUCACCAACCGCGCUACGCCAACCUCACCCACCGUCCUGGUGCCUCCUGUACCCCCGAUCCCGAUACAGCACUCUGAAGGCAGCCAUGCUAGCAGCCAGGAUGAACAGCACUUCUUCGUGCCCGGCAACCUUCGAGACUCGACCUACUCGGGCAUAUCAUCCUUCUCCGACCGCACCUCUUACGCACCUCGAUCUAGUAUCGCCUCUACAAUCUACGGCAAGCAGGCUCAGGUCCAAACACCGGCCCAGACAGGCAUGCGGGCCAAGCCUACCGUCGUCAGCGUUAAGUCCGCUGGCACAAGCGCUUCUGGUACGCCUCCCGUACCUGCCAUUGACUUUGAGAGAUUCGGUAGCGGUCGGCCCCACAGCGGUGCAAGCAACUUCAGCGUCGGCUCAACAUAUCUUAACAACGCAAACACUGCUCAACAUGGGCGUGCCCAGGUCGUCAAGCUUGGCAGUGGGUUGAAGAAGAUUGAAAUUUCUUCCAGGUCCGAUGCCAGCGUCUCGUCAACAUCUCUAGUGUCUGCUACUUCGUCCAAGGAUAGCUCAGGUGCCAUCCCCAUUCUCAACGAGUCCCCGUCAAACGACCAAGGGCCAUUCUCGGACCCACCAGAGCGGAAGGUCAAUGCCAUCUGCACUCCUACUCUAGGAGCUGUCAUGGAGGAAGCUGAAGAGCGUCGUGGUGUCGACAAUAUCAACAGACCCAGCUCUGGGGAUCGCGGUCGAAGUCCCUUUAGCGAUGAGCACGCCACCAGGGAAUGA